AUGGUCAAGGACGUGCUUGACCACAUGACUCAAGGAUUUGGGACGAUCCUCAAGGGGAUGGCUGGUAUCACCAAGGAGAUGAAGUUGAUGUCCGUGAGACUGGAAGCUGUGGAGAAGAUGGUUGGUAUUACCAAAGCAGGGACAUCAUCUCAGGAUAACACUCAACCCAAAGAACCCGGGAGUGAAAGUGUGGCAGAAGUUGCAAAACCGAGUGAUGCAGAAGGUGGAAAACAGAGAGAUAAAGAACCGACGGUCGGAAAAGUUGCAAAACCGAGUGAGGCUCCAGUUGCAAAACCGAGUGAUGCAAAAGCUGGAAAACAGAGAGAUAAAGAACCGAGGGUCGAAAAAGUUGCAAAACCGAGGGAGGGAAAAGUUGCAAAACCGAAGCCUUGUUCUAUUGGAAAAAACAGCUGCCACUGCUUCGGACAUACAGUGGCGAGAUGCUCGAUAUAA